AUGUUGAUCCUAGAACCCAUUCUUUCCCUAACAACUAUCUAUCUUUCUGUCGUCUACGGAAUCCUCUACCUCUUCUUCUUUGCAUACCCUAUCUCAUUUGGAGAAGUUCGAGGCUGGGAACACCCCGGUGUUGCUGCUCUACCUUUCAUUGGCCUUUUGAUCGGUAUUCUACUAGGAUGCGCCGUCCUUAUCUACAUCAGCAAACACCAAUACGCUCAGAAACUCAAGGAAACUGGCAACCUAGUCCCGGAAGAUCGCCUGCCACCCAUGAUAUUUGCUGCCUUCACUCUCCCUGCUGGCUUGUUCUUGUUCGCCUGGACAUCAUCGCCUCAUAUCACCUGGGUCCCGCAAGUUAUCGCCGGUGUUCCCAUAGGCUUCGGGUUGAUCAUCAUUUUCUUACAGGGGAUAAACUACAUCGUCGACGUUUACCUUAUAUAUGCCAACUCAGCACUAGCUGCCAACACUUUCAUCCGAAGUUUGCUGGGAGCAGCCUUCCCUAUGUUCGCUUCUCAAAUGUACCACAACCUCAGAGUUGCAUGGGCUAGCAGUGUAUUAGCCUUCAUCACUCUAGCUAUGAUUCCGGUUCCGAUAUUGUUCUAUGUAUACGGAGCUAGAAUCAGAGCUAUGAGCCUCUUCAUUCCAAAGAAUCAGUUACAUCUAAAAUUGGGAAGCUGUGGAGUUGUAUAG